ACUAGCCCUAGCAGCCACUCACCCCCACCUUCUCCAUCGCCGAACCACUCUCCUCGGCCAGAGGGUGCCGUCGCCACCCGCGUUGUCACGGAACCCUCACGUCGCCGCCGGAUUAUCCUCACCCAUACCAAGCUCCCACUUCUCCCCUCGGCGUCGCUCACGUCCGUUCUCUUCUCGCCGGCGCGCCUCAGCUCCGUCCCGGCGUCUCUCCUCCGUCGCGGUCCUCUUCUCGGCGUCGCACACGUUCGUUCUCUCCGCGGCGUCUCUCUCUCUUCAAGCGCUCUCUCUCUCCGAGCUCACUCUCUCUCACCGUCGCGAACGUCGCUCACCUCGCCGGAUCGGUCUCUGCUCGCGAACGCCGGUCACCUACCUUCCUCGCCGUCUCUCUGGAUUGGAUUGGAUCAGGCUUGCAUUCUUUCUUGAACCUAGGUUGCUGGCCUUCCAAGUAAAGCUUUUGAUCCUUUGGAGAUUCUUGUUUUGAAUCUUCCUCCUUGGCUUCCUGAUAGUAAGUCAGGAACUGAUGGGGAAGAAAAUCAGAAGAAAGAACCGAGCUUCUGCUAAGGAGAAGGCAGUUGCUAUGCAGUCUCCGAAGAAAGCUUUAGAGUCUCCCAACCCAACUGUUGAGUCUGUUGAUGAGGGGAUCUCUGCUGCAAAAGAAACAAGUUCUUGUCCUCAUCUUGUAAAGGGUAUUAAUUUAAAUACACUAUCUAGCAAGAUUGAAUCCUCUGCAUCAGUAAGGUGUGAAGAUUGCAGAGAAGGUGCUGCUGAUAGGAGAGGUGGAAAAGGAAAAGGGAAAGGUAAUAAACAAGGGAAGAAGAAAAGUGGCACACCAGUAGAUUCAAAAUCUGAGUCCAAGGCUAUAUGGGUUUGUUUGGAGUGUGGUCAAUAUACCUGUGGAGGUGUGGGGCUACCAACAACCCCUCAUUGCCAUGUUGUCAGGCAUGUGAGGCAACAUCGGCAUCCCUUAGUGGUUCAUUAUGAAAAGCCUCAGUUGUGUUGGUGUUUUCAGUGCAAUAUGCUUAUUCAAGCUGAUAAAAUAGAAGAGAAUGAAGAAACAGGCCGUGUUCUAUCUGAUGUAGUGAAAUUGUUGAAAGGGAGAUCAUCGCAGAAAUCAUCAGCGGAUAAUAAGGACGUUGGUAUUGAUGGCAGUGUUACUUCAGAAAUUAAAUCAGGAGUGAUUGUCAGAAAUGAUUUAUAUGGGCAUGGUGGCUAUGUAGUUCGAGGCAUGAUUAAUCUUGGGAAUACUUGUUUCUUCAAUUCCAUCAUGCAAAAUUUGCUAGCUAUGGAUAGAUUGCGGGACAACUUUCUGAAUUUGGAUUCUCCUUUUGGACCAUUGGUUAGUUCCUUGAAGAAACUGUUCACUGAAACAAAUCCAGAAUCAGGAUUGAAAACCACUAUAAAUCCUAGAUCAUUUUUUGGUUGUGUGUGCUCCAAGUCUCCCCAAUUUCGAGGAUAUCAGCAGCAUGACAGUCAUGAAUUGCUCCGUUGUUUAUUGGAUGGGUUGAGUACUGAAGAGCAAGCUGCAAGGAAACAAAAUGGUUCGCCCAAGAGAGAUGGCACCCCUGCAAAUACUUUAGUUGAUGAUUUAUUUGGGGGUCAGAUAUCUAGUACUGUACGGUGCAUUGAAUGUGGAAAUUCCUCAACUGUUUACGAGCCUUUUUUAGAUCUUUCACUGCCUGUUCCAACUAAGAAACCCCCUCCUCGGAAAGCACAACAAGCAAUUCGAGCCAAAAAGGCAAAACUUCCACCAAAAAAAGGUGGAAAGACCCGAGUCAAAGUUAACAGGGAUGAUGAUCCAAUAGCUGGUCAAAGUAUAUCAAACCAAUCAUCUGUCCAUGAGUCAACCUCCCCUGCUCAGUCCAAUGUGUCGGUUGCGGGAGAGGUGGCAGCCCCUUCUGAUUGUGGUGAUUCUACAGUAUUGGUUUCAAAGGAAAUAAGCAAUGUUGCUAAAGAGCUGUCUUCACCGAAUUUGGUUGCUGUUGGAGAGUCUCAAGAUAUGCAAGUGCUUGACAAUGAUGCAAAUAAGAUGUCAGCUUCAUCAGAUGAUCUUGCAUGGUUGGAUUAUGUGGAAGCUGAAGCUGACAAUGUCACUGAGGAAUGUGAGUUUCUUUCACCGAAAGAGGGCGAUCAGGAUACUGAUAGCAAGAAUGAACCUUUAAAUGAAUUGCCGGUAGGGGUUAGCUGUGAACCUUAUGGUCCAGAGUGUUCCCCUAAGGAGGAUCAAGACCAAAGACCGUAUUCUUCAACAAAUGGGUGGGAAGACGAGGUUCCACUACAAGUUCAAGGUUCAGAAGUGCUGUUACUUCCUUAUAAAGAAGAAAGUUCCUCUGCUUGUGAGAUUAUUGGAAGGGAUGGUGAGGCUUCCUGUUCGAAUUUGGGCCAUGGUCAAGAAGAAUUAGCAUUCGAAGGCUUUGGUGAUUUAUUCAAUGAACCUGAAGUUUUUGCUGGUCCUGCUCCUAGGCCUUCAUCUAAUGAGGUUACAGAAGCUGUUUUUAACAGUGAGUCUGAUCCAGAUGAAGUCGAUGAUACAGAUUCUCCAGUUUCGGUAGAGAGUUGCUUGGCACAUUUUAUAAAACCUGAGCUUCUCUCAGAUGAAAAUGGUUGGAACUGUGAGAACUGUUCGAAAAUUGUCCAACGUAAAAAAGUUGAAGCAAAAAAGAAGGCAAAUUCUGUAUUGGAUGGAAUUGAGAUUGGGUGUCGUGUUGAACCAUUGGAUGCUGCUUACUCUUUUUCUGUUGAAGUCAGAAGCCUUGAUAAUGGGAAUAUUACAGAUACCAAAAAUACAGAAAGUUCAGUUUUACAUAUUAAUCAUGGAACAGUGCUUGAAAAUGGUCAAUCAAAUGGAUUGAGUUCAAAUGUUGAUGAAAAGGAUCACAGAACUUUGAAGAUGAAAGAUACACUUAAUGAGGAACUUCAGUCUUUGGGAUGUCAUAAUUCUUCCAAUGCAGAAAGUUGUAAUCAUUCAGCUGCUGAUUCUAGUGUUAUCGUGGAUAACACUGAAAAUGUUGAAAGCAGAGAUCCUCAGAUGUCAGGUCAGGAUGAUGAUGACUCAGAAGAAUGCAGUGAGGAAGAGGCUGACGUGAAAAGUUUGAAGGUGAAAAGGGAUGCUACUAAGAGGGUCCUCAUUCAUAAAGCACCGCCUGUCUUGACAAUUCAUUUGAAGAGAUUCAGCCAAGAUGCCCGAGGUCGCUUAAGCAAGUUAAAUGGACAUGUCAAUUUCAGAGAAAGAAUGGAUCUCAGACCAUAUGUGGAUCCUAGAUUCGUAGCUGAAGAGAAUUAUGAAUACCAUUUGGUUGGUGUAGUGGAGCACUCGGGAUCUAUGAGAGGGGGUCACUAUGUUGCAUAUGUGAGAGGGGGCCAGAGGAACAGAGGGAAGGCUGAUAACAAUGAGAAUGAGAGUUCCACUUGGUAUCAUGCCAGUGAUGCAUAUGUACGUGAAGUGUCUCUCGAUGAAGUUCUUCGAUGCGAGGCAUACAUUCUGUUCUAUGAAAAAAAUUGAGGGACACCAUCUACUUUCCAGGCUUAUUCCUUUGGAUAAAAUGAUACAUGGCACGUGAUAUUAUGCCUGGAGCCACAUACAUGGUUCCAAAUGAAACUGCACAUAAACCAGAAAUUUGGUUCUCUUUGGACCAUGAGACCAUACGAGUGUAGAAACCUAAACUGGAUACGGAUGGUUUUGGCUUAACUCUGCCGCCACCGCCACCUCUGAUGGCGACAACAGUUUUUGGAUCCAUCCGCGUAUUCCUCCUCCACGCUACUGCUUAAGGCACCACCUGUUGCAAAGCCAAAGAGGGGUUGUCAGCGGUGGUUUUGCGCAAACACUGAUCCUCCUUGUGAGAGGGAAAGAAGAAACCCUGUUGCAUCUGUGCUGUUGUAUCUACUGCAUGCAUCCGCACCAAGGGUUUGAGAUGUCAUCCAUGCUUAUUUUGGUUUGGUGAGGUUUUCUGUGUUGCCAGUCAUGUCUAUCGCAUCCGCAGAUGGAACUGUGAUUGUUUUGUAUCUUUUUAUAUUUUGGAAUUCUGAUUUUCUUUAGCUGCUGCCUGCUGCUUUUACAUCUGUUGCAGUGUUGCAUCAGUUUGUUGGUGAAGGAUUUGUUGGGGGCAUGAUCGUUUUGCACCAACGUUCCUGCACAAACAUACCAAUGACUAGCUGAUAAGUGAUAAGUAUAUAAAUCCAACAGUUAUUAAGUAAUAAUAUUUGCUCUUUUAUAAUUUAACCCCAAAUUUUUUAUUUUUAUUUUUAUUUUUAAUAAUAACAUAUUGGCCCAAUUGUAAUACAAAAUCAAUUUUGGGCGGCAGCUUCUAAUCGAAUGAGUUCUGAAAGAUGGGGAAGAGAAGACUGCAGCAUAUCAUACUCCUUUUCU